AUGAAAGGCGGUCGCGGCGGUACACGCACGCGAGGCGGCGCCGCAAAGCUUGGGUCGCGAGGGGCAGUAAAAGGCAGCGCGAGCGGCAAAGGGAAUGGAUUAGGGGGGAAGAAUAAGGGAGCUGUGGGCGGUAGAAAGGGUGAAAUUAUGCGGCGAGGCGGAGGAGGAAAGGCCUUCCGGGGAGGCGGAGGAAAGGUGAUUGGCGGAGGGAAGACGAUGCGCGGAGGCAGGUUGAAUUUUAGCAUGGUGAAAUGGAAGGACGUUACGCCCGUGGCAGGGACGCACAUGCUCAUGGACCCGCGCAACCCCGCCGCGGGAGGUACGCCAUUUUGCCACCCCCUCCUUGCCGCGGGAGGCUUCAUGGGGCUGGAAGAGAUCGACCCGGCGGAAUUUGAGGGGCUGCCGGCUGGCGGAGCACUGGAGGGCGGAGAGAUGCAGGGCGAAAUUUCGCCCCAUCCCCCUGGCUUCAUGGGGCUGGAAGAGAUUGACCCGGCGGAGUUUGAGGGAUUGGUGACUGGCGGAGAGAUGGAGGGCGGGGUGGAGCUGGCUGGCGGAGAAAUGGAGGGUGGAGAUUUGGAGGGCGGGGAUUUGGGGGGUGGAGAUUUGGAGGGCGGGGAUUUGGGGGGUGGAGAUUUGGAGGGCGGAGAAAAGGAGGGCGGGGGAGAAUUGGGGGAAGAAGACGCGGGGGAAGAGCCUGGAAAUGAGGAUGUUGAGGCGGACGGGGGAGAGAGUGGAACUGGGGUGGGAGACGCGGGGGUCGGGGACAGGGUUUUAGAGGGGAAGGGGAAGAUGAGCAAGAGCAAGAGGCGGAAGAUGCAGAGGAAGCAGCUGAAAACGGCUUUGAAGCGAGGGGAGCGGGGUGAGAGGCACAAGGGCGCAGGAGAGAAGCAAGCCAAGGGUAAGGAGGAGGGAGAGGAGGGAGACGAGGAGGAGGGGGAGGAGCGAGAGGAGGGGGAGGAGAGGGAGGAGGGAGAGGAGGGAGAAGAGGAGAAAGGGGAGGAGGGAGAGGAAGAUGCGGAGAGUGAUGGGGAGGAGACUGCAGAAGGCAAAGAAUUGAGCAUGGAAAUCGACGGAGCAGCAGAGGGGGUGCAAGGAGAAGGCGAGGAGAGAGAAGAGGACAUAGACAUGGCGGAAUGGGAACACCUCCGUCUGCACCCCCUCAUUCUCCGCGCCCUACACGACCUCGGUUUCACCUUCCCCACGCCCAUCCAGCGCGCUUGCAUCCCCGCUGCUGCGUCCCGGGGCAGGGACGUUGUGGGCGCGGCUGAAACUGGGUCCGGCAAGACCCUCGCGUUUGCCAUUCCGAUCCUGCAGAGGUUGUUGGAUGAAAGGGAGAAGGAGAGAAGGUUGAAGGACGGGGGCGGGCCGUGGGGGGAAGAGGGGGAUGGGGAUGGGGAGGACGGGGGAGGAGAAGGGGAGGCGGGAGGGGGGGAGGGCGCGGGGAGUGAGAGAGUUGGGGAGGAGCAGAGCGGGGAAGGGGAUGGGGGAGGGGAGGGGGAUAAAGAGGCGGAAGGGGAGGGGGCGGGCGGGAAGAUGGGGGGAAAGGUGGUGGGCGGCGGGGUUCGGAAGAGAGUGAGGGGGGCGCUGCGAGCGCUCAUCAUCACGCCCACGCGCGAGCUGGCGCUGCAGAUCGUAUCGCACAUAAAAGACGCGGCCCGCCACACGGGCAUCCACGUGGCCGGCAUUGUGGGCGGCAUGGCGGAGGUGAAGCAGCGGCGCGUGCUGAGCCUAGGGCCGCAGAUUGUGGUCGGCACUCCCGGGCGGCUGUGGGAGCUCAUGAGCCAAGGGGAGGCGCAUCUGGUGCAGGGAGGUGAUGAAACCACGAGCCACGACCCGCAGAUUGUGGUCGGCACGCCCGGGCGGCUGUGGGAGCUCAUGAGCCAAGGGGAGGCGCACCUGGUUCAGGUGGGACUGUCUGGGUGUGUAUGUGGGGCACUUGUUGAAGGUACAUAUGCAUGCAUGUGGUGUGCAGGAGAGGUGUGGGAGGUCAUGAGCAAAGGGGAGGCGCACCUGGUGCAGACGAAGCUGACCGCAUGGCUGGCUUUUGAGACACAUCAAAUGUCCCCUUGCCCACUCAUCCCCUUCCCCCCCCCCCGGCAUUCUCCUUCCCCCUCUCUCCAACAUUCCGUUCCCCCCCUGCAGCUCGAGUACCUUUCGUUCCUUGUUCUAGAUGAGGCUGACCGCAUGGCUGACCCAGGAAGGUUCAAGGAGCUUUCGUCCAUUUUGGGAAUGCUGCCCCCCACGGCUGCUUCUCUCGCUGCUGCCAAGGCCAAGGAGGCGGCUCUGGCAGCCCGAGAUGCUGCUCGGGCAGCCAAAAAGGCAGCUCGGGCAGCUAAAAUUGCCGAGGAGAGGGAUGCGGCGAGAGGAAAGAAAGGAAAGAGGAAAGCGGGGACAGAAAAGGCUGAAAAUGAAGGGAAUGGAGAGGAAGAGGAGGAGGGAAAGGAGGAGAAAGAGGAGGAGACUAAAGGGGAGGGGGGAGGAGAAGAAGGAGAAGAAGGUAGGGAGGAUGGGGAGGAGGGAGAAGUGGGAGAAGAGGGAGAAGCAGGAGAAGGAGAAGGAGAAGGAGAAGGGGGAGGAGAGGAUUCGUUUGCUCUUCAGCCACCCACCCUCGCGAAAAAGAAGCGGCAAGUCCUAGUCUUCUCCGCAACUCUCGUUCUGCCCGACGACACGCGCGGGCAGCUGCAAGGAAAAAAACGAACGCCAGGACCCGGGGCAGAAGAUAGACGGACCGGGAGGAAGCGAGAGAGGAAGGGAGCGCACGGGGGAGAGGGAGAGGGGGAGGAUGAGGGGGAGAAGGAGAGGGAGAAGGGGUUGGAGAGGGAUAGGGUGGUGGCGGCUCUGAUGGAGUUGACUGGCAUGCGGCCGUCCCCUGCCAUUGUGGAUCUCACCACUGCUGAUGUGGUGGCGAGUGGCGUGCAGGAAGCGGCUUUAGAGGAUAGGGUGGUGCCGGCACUAAUGGAGCUGACUGGCAUGCGCCCGUCCCCUGCCAUUGUGGAUUUGACCACUGCUGACGUGGUGGCCAGUGGGGUUCAAGAAGCUGCACUGGAGGUGGUGCCGGCACUAAUGGAGCUGACUGGCAUGCGCCCGUCCCCUGCCAUUGUGGAUUUGACCACUGCUGACGUGGUGGCCAGUGGGGUUCAAGAAGCUGCACUGGAGGUGGUGCCGGCACUAAUGGAGCUGACUGGCAUGCGCCCGUCCCCUGCCAUUGUGGAUUUGACCACUGCUGACGUGGUGGCCAGUGGGGUUCAAGAAGCUGCACUGGAGGUGGUGCCGGCACUAAUGGAGCUGACUGGCAUGUGGCCGUCCCCUGCCAUUGUUGAUCUCACCACGGCUGAUGUGGUGGCCAGUGGAGUUCAAGAGGCUGCUCUAGAGGUGGUGGCGGCACUUAUGGAGCUGACUGGCAUGCGGCCGUCCCCUGCCAUUGUGGAUUUGACCGCGGCUGAUGUGCUGCCCAGUGGCGCGCAGGAGGCUGCUCUAGAGUGUGACGACAGCAUGAGGGACGUCAUUCUCCUCUACCUCUUGUGUGACGACAGCAUGAGGGACGUAUUCCUCCUCUACCUCCUGCGCAUGCACGGCACCUUUGGUCGCACGCUCGUCUUCUGCUCCGCCAUUUCCUCUGUCCGCCGCCUUGCCUCCCUGCUCUCGCUUCUGCAAGUGCCGUCCUUCCCCCUGCACGCACAGCAGCAGCAGCGGCAGCGUCUCAAGGCGUUGGAUCGCUUUCGGCAGCACCCUAGCGGCGUGCUGGUAGCGACUGAUGUGGCAGCCAGAGGGCUGGACGUUCCCGAGAACCCCAGCUGUGUGCUCGUGGCCACUGAUGUGGCGGCCAGAGGGCUGGACGUUCCCGAGGUGCGUCUGGUGGUGCACUAUCAGCUACCGCACACAGCAGAGGGCUACGUGCAUCGAUGCGGCCGCACUGCUAGAGGAGCCGCCUCUGAGGGGUGCUCCGUGGCGCUGGUGACGCCCAAGGACUCCAUCAAAUACUCCUCGCUGCUGCGGAAACUCAACAAGGGGUGCUCCGUUGCUCUGGUGACGCCCAAGGACUCCAUCGAAUACUCGUCAUUGCUUCGAAAGCUGAAUAAGGACUCCAUCGAAUACUCCUCGCUGCUGAGGAAGCUGAAUGAGGUGCGUCCACACGUGCUUGUGGAUGGACUAUGUAUUGAGGAGCUGCAUCAGAGGGGUGCUCCGUGGCUCUGGUGA